AGAGAGAGAGGACUCCAGGCCCAAAUAAAGCCAUGGGGGCCGGGGCUGGGCUGGGCCCCCCUUUGCUAUAAAUACGCUGGCCGCCUGGAGGUUCGGGUUUGGUGGCUGGGGCUUGGGACCAGUGACCACCACCACUGCUGCUACUGCUGCUGCUGCCCUGCUCAGGGGAAUCUCCUCUGCAUACUCAUCAUCCUCAUCCUGGUCAUCAGUGCUCUGGGCAUCCAAGAUGCCUCGCGUGGACGCAGACAUCAAGCUGGACUUUAAGGAUGUCCUCUUCAGACCCAAGAGGAGUAGCCUGAAGAGUCGCUCAGAGGUGGACCUUCAGAGGACCUUCACAUUCCGCAACUCCAAACAGACCUACACAGGUAUCCCCGUCAUCGCCGCCAACAUGGACACCACAGGAACGUUUGAGAUGGCACAGGUCCUAAGCAAACACACCCUCUUCACAGCCAUUCAUAAACACUACUCUGUAGAAGACUGGAAAAACUUUGCUGCUAAUCAUCCGGAAUGCUUAGAGCAUGUAGCUGCCAGUUCAGGCAGCGGCAAUGCGGAUCUGGAGAAGCUGUGUGCCAUCUUGGAAGCCAUCCCUGCCCUCAAGUACAUCUGUCUGGAUGUGGCCAAUGGCUACUCCGAGUACUUUGUGGAGUUUGUCAAGACGGUCAGAGAAAAGUUCCCCAAACACACCAUCAUGGCUGGUAAUGUGGUAACAGGGGAGAUGGUGGAGGAGCUCAUCCUCUCCGGAGCUGACAUCAUCAAAGUGGGCAUCGGGCCAGGCUCUGUGUGCACGACAAGGAUCAAGACAGGAGUAGGCUACCCACAACUCAGCGCUGUUAUAGAGUGUGCAGAUUCAGCCCAUGGACUCAAAGGACACAUUAUCUCUGAUGGGGGCUGCAGUUGCCCGGGAGAUGUAGCUAAGGCCUUUGGUGCUGGGGCUGACUUUGUGAUGAUGGGGGGAAUGCUCGCAGGCCACGACCAGUGCUCCGGGGAGGUCAUCGAGAAGAACGGCAAGAAGUACAAACUCUUCUACGGCAUGAGCUCCGACACAGCCAUGAAGAAAUACGUUGGUGGAGUUGCUGAGUAUAGGGCGUCUGAGGGGAGGACAGUGGAGGUUCCCUACAGGGGGGAUGUGGAGAACACCAUUCGUGAUGUGCUGGGGGGACUACGCUCCACCUGCACCUAUGUGGGCGCUGCCAAGCUCAAAGAGCUGAGCAGGCGAACCACCUUUAUCCGUGUCACACAACAGUCUAGCCAAAUGUUCACUUAGUGGGGUGUACAUGCUUCCACACACACACAAACACACAUACUCAUAGGCUGCAUAAUAUGUAUUGUAUGUUAUGCAGAAUAUAAAUGUGCAAUAGUAGGACGGUGGUGUAGCAUGCAAAUUCAGGAGGAAGACACAUACACACACACACAUAAUCAUUUAACCUGUUUCUCUCAGGAUAUCUGCUGUCAGAAGGCUCUUAGUUUCCUGCAGGUUAUGUUUAAAAAAAAAAAAAAAAAUCUCAAAGUCUGACUUGAAACAUUCUCC